AUUAUAGGUGUACAUACCGAGGACAACUAUGAAAUUUUUCCUGCUUCUGAUUAUUUUCGGAAUGUGCGCUUCUCGGGAGUUAGAACAUAAUGAUAUUAAAGGAUGGGUGAGAAACCUUCAUCAUAUAUGUUGGGGAGGAAAAUGCAAGAGAUACAUCAUGGGAGCCCCAAUUAAUCCUUCCCAAAAAGUCUAUCCAUCUUACGAAAAAUGUCGGGCAAAAUGCCGCGCACCAGUUUUUGUGUGUAAGAAGCUGCAUUGCAUCAUCUAUUAUGUAGAUGAUGGUCCAUAUCCCAAAGGAACAAUUUUCCGUACAUCCGAAGAAUGCGACAAAUUGCUGACGCCCACGGUCUGUUGUAAAACUACAAUCGUUCUUGAUCUUGGUCAAUCCUUCUCGUACCGCGAUGCCGGAUCGACUCGCAUCGUGCGACAAGAGGAAUGA